AUGCCACGCUACGGUUCCGGCACUUCUUGGGCAUGUUAUGGCCUCUUCGACGAUGAAUACAGCCGAGCCUUCGUUGCGGUCGAAGCCCUCGAGAUCGUGUCUCUGAUCAUCCUGCUCGUAAUGUGGGCCAGAGCACAGGGAAGAACCCCAAACCAGUUCGAAGUCCUCAAAUGGCACAAUUUUGGCAUCACGCUGCACUUCUGGCUCCUCUACAUCAUCAUCAUCUUCAUCGAAUUCUUCAUGAUGGGCUGCGCCGACAGCUUCACCAUCGUAGACGCCUACCGCAUGAGCAUCGUCGCGCAAGUCUUCUUCUGGAUCGCCAAGAACUUCCUGCUGGCCACCGUCCUCCUCGCCAUCCCGCGCGGCCUCGACCGGCUACGCGACCCCGGUGACAUCGGCAGGAGCACGUGGUACAACGCUGCAGGCUGCCUGCAGGCGUUCAUGGCGCUGUUCACCGUCGUCUUCCUCGCGCUCUUCAUCUGGGCCUACCAGUCCGCCAUCGACAACUACAACCGGCCCUACUCGCGCGGCAGUUUUUCCGCGUUCCCGCAGUACAUCUACGUGUACAUGGCGAUUACGACGUGCUGGUUCGUUGUUGCUGUCGUUGCUGCUAGUCGGAUUGCCUAUGCGCUGAGUGCGGCGACGAGCCGGUGGCGGACGGUGCCGGGGGGGUUGAAGGGGUGGGGGUGGACGCUGUGCGGGUCGCUGUUUGCCCGGUCGGUGCUCAGCCAUGCGUUCAUGGCGCAAAGGAUUGCGGAGUUGGUGCUGACGACGUUCUUCUCGCUGCUGCUGCUGCUGUCCGUCAUGCAGGUGGCGAAGGGAAUCAGUCAAAUGCUUGCGCAUCCGGAUUCGUAUGGCUUCGGACGGGAGAGGCGUGAGGCGGACGACGCAUAUGUCGGGGGACAGAACCACCACGGUGUGUACGGUGAAGACAGUGCGUAUUUUGAGACGCACAACCGGGGGUAUUAUGGUAGCACUGUGAGGUAG